AAAAAUCACUGUGCUCAAUAGGUGGAGAGGUCGAACCUGCGGUGUACGGGUGCACAAAUUCGAACUCGUUUCCUGCUCGCGGGACUCCCCGCCCCUCUCCUUCUCUUUCUCUCGUGGUGCGUGAUUUUAGUUGGUUUCUUCAGCGAUUGGUCAUUGGAGUCGGAAGUCAGCCGACUCUCACCAUGGAAGUCGGGGAGAGCUCUUUUGGUGGCAGAGGUGGAGAUGGUGGUGAUGGUGGCUGCAGCGGCGCUGUUGAGAUUCCUGCCUCCUCGUCGCCUCAUUCUUCUGCCGCUCUCAUCCACAAUAAUGGAAAGACUGUGGUUGUUAGGGUUAAGAGAAAACGAUGCCAACAGCCAAUUGAAGCUUUCUGGUUGGAAAUCAAUGAAAGGCCGCAGAAGCGAGCUGUACUCGACCUUAGCAGUUUGUCUAUUUCGGAUUCUAGCGAUACCGGUAGGGAGACCAACUACUCUGCAACACAUGCUCUGAAAUUCAGGUCUAGACUCUUGAAGAGCAAAAAGUUUCUGGUUCAACAUGUAGAGACGGUCAGGAGUUCAGAUGAGAUCAAAGACAUCUUGCAAUCGGUCAUGCCAGAAUUUAAUGGUGCAAUGGCAUUCAAAAAGAAGUUGGAGGAGAGAAGGCAGACUUUCAGGCAAGGAAAGUGCAUACAGAUCCAGGGUCAAGGAGCAAUGACUAGAGAAAAGCAUGAGGAGCUUGGAAAAAAUGCGCGAUUUAAACAGAUAUGGCGGAGUCGUAAGAGGACCAGAGAACAGAAAGAUGAUGACUCAAUGAACAGCCUCUGUCAGCUCUAUGAUAUUGUACGGGUUGAUGGCUUAGAAGUUCCUGAUGUGCAAAACUGGUUUUGGUGCAGGACCACCUCCUCAGAAUAUGAUGAGAUGCUUAAUUACCUACCCUUAUUAAGGGAGUUUAUUCCUUCUGCUGCUGAAGAAAUUGAAGCUGACUUGAUGAAAAAUGCAUUGAAACAAGAUGAUUAUGAAUAUGAUUUGUACACUGUAGAAGAAGAUACGACUAUGAAUUUUGACUAUGGUUCUUCCAGUUAUCCACUGGUUCAAGUUGAAGAUGAUGAUGACCUUUGCUAUGAAAACCCAGUAGGCUCUGAUUAUGAAACAGAUGAUUCUAAUGCUGAAGACAACCCCCUAUUUGAUUAUCCUGAUGAUCCAUCAGAGGAAGAAUACAGCAACACUGAUCCUUCAUGCCAUUCAGAAGAUUCUGACAAUGCUGAUGAAAAAGAUGAUAGUGAUGAUGACUAUUAUGGCAAGGAGAUGGAAUUUUCUAGACCUACAUAUGCAUGAGGAGUUCGUUGCUUCUCGUCCAUCAUUAGUCCCUGUGAAUAGAUUAGUUGAAUUCUCGCUUAUAUGCUCAUAAAAGGAUUGACUUGUGCUUUGUUUCUCGUUAGAUUCUAUGGGGGAUGAUCUGUACUCCUUGGUGAACUCUUAAGAUAUGACGGUCAUUCUAGGAAUACCAUACAAUGUAAAGUUGUACAAGAGGAGUCCUCAAGGGCAUACUUUGGAGAUGAUGUGCACAGCUGAUCUGACCAGAGGCUUAUCUUCGGAUCUGAAUGCAUAUUUUGAUAUUGGGUCUAGGUGACGUUUGAGUCCAGAUCCAUACACAGACGUCAUGUUAGGUGUCUUGUUUUGACGUGGGUUGUGUUUUCUUAUUAAAGUAAUGGUUGUAAUGGGACUUGUUACUCUAUGGUGUAAAGAUAUGUUACUGAUAUAAUAUUAGGAUUAGUACUUCUCUCUUCCUUCCUCAA